AUGUUUCUUCUAUUUGAAGUUUCAAGUCGAAAUUUAUACCUCGACUUGUCUAAUCUGAGAAUUUGUGAGGUUUGUCAUUUUUUUCCAGCCAAUUUUCAGCAAUUUUUGAUUUUUUUUGCAGAUUCUCCGGGAAUUCACACCCCAAAAAAUGCUCUUUUUGGCACUCGCUUAGCUGAAAAUAGUCCGAUUUUCAAACGAUUUGCAACAACAUUGAAUCAUGCUAUUUAUCCAAGUGAUGUCUGGAUACAGUUUGAAUUUAUCAAGAAAAUCGAGUCGAACUGGAGAAAAUCGGGAUUGAUGUUUGACAAUGGUUAUAAUUAA